GCAACAUCGAAAAAUUACAUUAACUGUACGGGCCUUUAAACCAAUAGUUUAUUUAAAGAUACAAAAGUAAACAAAAUCGUUGAGCGCAACUGGCUUAAGAUAGAUCCGAAAAAGAGAAAAUCCUUCGCUCUGACGCUAACAGGUACCUGAAUUGCAGUAAACAAAACAGCAAAUUAGCAUUCCGCUUGAGGGAAGCUGGAAUAUUUAAUGAAAUACCGGUAUCUGUCGCUUGCUUGUCGCUUGUGUGCAGAAUUUUUGGGAGAGCAGGCAGUUAAUGAGUGCGAGGUUUUGACAUAGCCAUGGGGACUUCAAAUCUGCUUGUGCUGUUGUUGAUGAUUGCACCUCAUUCACAGGGUCUUUCGCUCGCAUCAGGAAGUGUCAUCACUAGAGUAAAAAGAGUGGCCGCGGCUAGCAACUCGUCAUUCGCGACAUCUAAAGAGUCCAAGAGAGUAUCACCAUCUCCUGGUAUCGAUGGCACCGGACUACGGUACCCAAUUUGCUACUACAAUCUUGGGGUGAGCAACCGUCAAGUCAUCAAAGAUGAACAGAUGACGGCUUCGUCAUACUAUGGCACCGAUCACUUGCGCCCUUACGAGGGAAGGGUUGGCGGAAAGCAUGCUUGGUGUACAGGAUAUAACGCGACGGGGAGACAGUUUCUCCAGAUUGAUUUGGGCUCCAUCAAGCUCGUCAGUGCCCUUAUCACGCAAGGCUCGAAAGAUAGCGACAGUUGGGUCACGCAAUACCACAUACACUACAGCUUGGACAGGGUCACGUGGUACCAGUAUAAGGAGAACGAUGAGGUCAAGGUUUUCAAGGGCAAUAGUGACGCUACGAGCCCUGUGAUUAGAUUCCUCACGCAUCGACUUGUUGCACGUUACAUACGGUUUCUACCACAGGCGUACCGCGCGCCAGUACCGAUCCGCUGUAUGCGAGUUGAACUGCAAGGAUGUUCCUUCAGUGAUAUUGAUAUCGCUGUUAAUCAGACUGCGACUCAGUCCAGCACGGCCCUAGAAGCGAACGCAUCUCGAGCUGUGGACGGUAAACUUGACAUGGACUUCAGCGAAGACGAGACAUGUUCCCUGACAGCACGGCAGGCAGAUCCAUGGUGGUUACUGGAUCUCGGCUCUCCGACAACGAUAAAAGAAAUAUUUAUCGCAAAUAGACACGACGACAUCGCUGAUAAUCUUAAAGACUUUGAGAUCAGAAUCGGUAAUAGUCGAGAGAAUCAGGGCGCAAGUAACGCGAAAUGCGGCGACAAACACACGGUGAUCCCUGGAGGGUUCAAGACUAUCGUUUGUAACAACACGGGAAGGUAUAUACAUAUCAGUAUCCCUGGAGAUGACAAGACGCUCUCCUUGUGCGAAGUGGUGCCUUACGGAAUGGAUCCUUCUCUAGUGGAUUACAGUCCAGCCGACAUUCUUUAUUACGUAACACUCGUUAAACAAGCCAGGUUCCUCCGACGCAUGCAGAUACUUCAAGCACAACUGAUGCAGUUACGACUUAACGCAUAUAGGGAGUACCUUCGAAAUGUUACAGCCUCUAAAAACAUGACUGAGUCUGGAAACAAUACCAGUAGUAAUAGUACUGGUGGACUUGGAAUUGGAUUAGGAGUAGGACAAGGAGCACUUGGUGGGCUUGCUGGAGGUGGAAUUCCUGGACAAGGAGCACUUGGUGGGCUAGCUGGAGGUGGAAUUCCUGGACAAGGAGCACUUGGUGGGCUUGCUGGAGGAGGAAUUCCUGGACAAGGGGCACUUGGUGGGCUUGCUGGAGGUGGAAUUCCUGGACAAGGAGCACUUGGUGGGCUUGCUGGAGGAGGAAUUACUGGACAAGGGGCACUUGGUGGGCUUGCUGGAGGUGGAAUUCCUGGACAAGGGGCACUUGGUGGGCUUGCUGGAGGUGGAAUUCCUGGACAAGGGGUACUUGGUGGGCUUGCUGGAGGAGGAAUUCCUGGACAAGGAGCAAUUGGUGGGCUUGCUGGAGGUGGAAUUCCUGGACAAGGAGCACUUGGUGGGCUUGCUGGAGGUGGAAUUCCUGGACAAGGAGCACUUGGUGGGCUUGCUGGAGGAGGAAUUCCUGGACAAGGGGCACUUGGUGGGCUUGCUGGAGGUAGAAUUCCUGGACAAGGAGCACUUGGUGGGCUUGCUGGAGGUGGAAUUCCUGGACAAGGAGCACUUGGUGGGCUUGCUGGAGGAGGAAUUCCUGGACAAGGGGCACUUGGUGGGCUUGCUGGAGGUGGAAUUCCUGGACAAGGAGCACUUGGUGGGCUUGCUGGAGGAGGAAUUCCUGGACAAGGGGCACUUGGUGGGCUUGCUGGAGGAGGAAUUCCUGGACAAGGGGCACUUGGUGGGCUUGCUGGAGGUGGAAUUCCUGGACAAGGGGCACUUGGUGGGCUUGCUGGAGGUGGAAUUCCUGCACAAGGGGCACUAGGUGGGCUUGCUGGAGGUGGAAUUCCUGGACAAGGGGCACUUGGUGGGCUUGUUGGAGGUGGAAUUCCUGGACAAGGGGCACUUAGUGGGCUUGCUGGAGGUGGAAUUCCUGGACAAGGGGCACUUGGUGGGCUUGCUGGAGGUGGAAUUCCUGGACAAGGGGCACUUGGUGGGCUUGCUGGAGGUGGAAUUCCUGGACAAGGGGCACUUGGUGGGCUUACUGGAGGUGGAAUUCCUGGACAAGGGGCACUUGGUGGGCUUGCUGGAGGUGGAAUUCCUGGACAAGGGGCACUUGGAGGUUUACAGGGACAGGGUGCUGGUAUGUUAGGCAAGGGUCAAGGUGUACUUGGCGGAUUAAAAGGGCAAGGUCUUGGCGCUUUUGGUCAAGGCCAAGGUAUGCUAGGAGGUCUGCAGGGUCAAGGUCUCGGUGCGCUUGGUCAGGGCAAGGGGAUGCUAGGAGGUUUACAAGGCAAAGGACUAGGCAUGAUGGGUGGAGCCCAAGGUCAAGGUCAACAGCUCUUAGGUCAAGGUCAAGGGAUGGUUUCCGGUCUCCAGGGUCAAGGAAUGGGCGCGGUCAGUGGUCUUCAAGGGCAAGGCAUGGGCAUGUUCAACAACCUUCAAGGUCAAGGUAUGGGCGCAGUGACUAACCUCCAAGGACAGGGCAUGGACCUUGCAGGGGGGUUACAGAGCCAGGGCAUGGGGAUGGUGAAAGGUCUGACUGGAGACAAGGGGGGGAUUACAGGACAGGCAGAUGAUUUGAUGAAAAAGGCCCAGGAUUUCUAUAAAAAGCUCUCGCCUUACAUAGAUAAAGCCAAGAAAUUCUACCACGAGCAGAUCAAGGGAAAGUACUACAAGAUGGCAAUGGCAUAUUUUGAGAAAGGCAAGAAGGUCGCCAUGAAAGCCGUCAAAAUGUUUGAGGAGACUAUCCUGGCCGAGAUGAAGGGGGUUAUAGGUGACAUUGGUGGAGAAUUCGGCUCACUCACAAACUAUGACACCGGCGACAUACACGGGCUGUUGGACAAGGUCAACAGCACCAAGGUCCGCAAACUGGUUGAGAAAAUGCGGCCCCUGAUCGCUAAGUAUAUUGACCUGGCGCAGAAGACUGCGAUGGACGUUUUUGAGAGAGGGAAGAAGGAGUUCAAUAAAAUCAAGGACCAGAUUAUGGAAGAGGUUGAUAAAGCUAAGGACAUGGGCACAGGCCUGAUCGGUGAAGCCGAGUCUAUGGGUAGAGGUGCUGUGAGCCAGGCAGAAUCCAUGGGCAGCAAUUUGCAAAAGACGGGAAUGGGCGCCGUCAAUCAAGCGAAGGGCGCUAGCAUGGGACUCGUCAACCAAGGACGAAACUCACUCAAUCAGGCCCAGCAGCAAGCGAUGGGCCAGUUUAACAAUUUGCGCAACACUGGAAUGGGAGCCAUCAACAACGCCAGACAGCAGGGAAUGGGGGCCGUCAACCAGCUUGGAGGGGCAGGGCAGGGGGCAUUUGGCCAGUUCCAGGGGAUGGCUGGUCAAAUGCAAGGCAUGGGCCGUGGUGCUCUCGGCCAGGGCAUGGGCGCGUUCAAUCAGUUCCAAGGCAUGGGCCAGGGCGCACUGAACCAAGGAAUGGCGCUUGGUGGCAACUUACAGGGCAUGGGUCAAGGGAUGGCAGGAAACCUCCAAGGUGCAGCUGGCGGCGCCUUCGGCCGAGCUCAAGGUCUUGCAGGGGGUCUCCAAGGGAUGGGCCAAGGGGCACUCAGCCAGGGGCGUGGCAUGGCUGGGGGGCUACCCGGAAUGGGUGCUUUGAAUCAAGGACGAGGACUGGCUGGUGGUCUACAAGGGAUGGGUCGAGGAACAUACGGUCAGCUUGGAGGGAUAGGUGGACAGCUUGGAGGGAUGGGUGGUCAAUUAGGAGGAAUGGGUGGUCAGUUUGGAGGAAUGGGUAGUUCAUAUGGUGGGAUGGCCGGCCAGUUCGGUGGAAUGCAAGGACAAGGAAUGACACAGCUUCAAGGACUUCAAAAUCAAGGCCAACAACAGACCGCAGGAGCAACAUCCAAGCAAGGAACAGGAAAACGAAGAAAGCGUCGGCGAAGAAACACGUUCACAUGGAACUGAGAGAUAUAUACUGCAUCAUUAAAUCACUUUAAAAGAUGAACUAAGCCAAAUCCAUCAUAUCUAAGCCCUCACAAGGUCGCUGCUAGUCGUUAAUUAUCCUUUCCACGGCGGGUAGCCAAGGAUGGGCGGAGAAAUCGCGUGCACUCCCACCACGUCUGCUUUGACUCCAUUAAGCAGUAUUUUCAUAUCAUGAAAAUGUACUUUUUGUACAAUAAAUACUACCCUCUCCGCCCAAACACUCAGCAAAACCAACCAUUAGUUGAAAAAUUUGUAGGUAAAAAUGUUAUUAUAUGAGAAAAUAAAGAAGCCGUUAUCAGCGCUA